CCCACAAUAAAAGCUGCAGUCUGCUCCGGUGCGUUUACACUUGCACCUGCACACCUGAGGAGAGACGUCAGACUCAAGGUUUUCUUUCUGUGGUUUUCGUCUCCAUCUCCAUCGUGAAGCAUGAUAUUUUCCGGCUUUCCUUUUCUAGAGGUGUUCCUGGGCCUCCUGGGUUUUGGCCUCAGCAUCUUGUUCUGCACAACCUUCUGCAAAUCGUGCAGUCGGUUCAGAGAGGAGCAGCUGGAGAGGGAAGCACAGAGGCGCAGCGAGCUGGAUAGUCGCAUGCGCUCCAUAUAUUUCAUCCCCUUCCCCCGAAGCAUGUCCCACCGGGAAAGUGACGACCAGUGUGGGAGUGAGAUCAAUAAUGAGUUCUAUGCUCCUCCAACAUAUAGCAACGUCUACCACUAUGGACCCCCACCUUCCUACACUGAGCUGGGUAUUAAGCCUGACGACCUCCCCCCCGCGUACACGGAACAGAACCUACCUGCAUCCCCCAUGCCGCCUCCUCCACCACCACCACCUCUCCCGCCCAUGACGCACUCACAACUAGCGUCUAUUCCAUGAGGCACGAGCCCGUGCUGAUUCUGGACAAUCUUGCGCUGCCUCAUAGAGUUGAAUAAACUCACACCGUUUCAAAUGUGCAACUAGUACAGAAAACUGUAGUAAAGAAAUCUCAGGAGAAAAUGUGAUAUUUAUAGUAGCUGGUCUACUUAAAGUCUCUGAUUAGGAAGACAAAACAUUUUUGUCUGUAUCCAACACAUUUUUAUAACGUCAGCCAGGAAAUAGGUUAGAAUUGAUAUAUUUCUUUAUGUCAGUAUGAAAACCUCGACACCUUAUUUUGUGUAAAAAAAGAAAGUUGAUUAUGUGUUAAUUUAUUGUUUUUAGCAGUAAAAGAAAACUGCAUUGUGAAUCAAUUUGAAUGCAUCUUUUAGAACUAAAGUUAUUGAGAAGAAUAAAAGUGAAUAUGUCACAGUUUUUGUAUUUAGGUUCCUGUUUUAUUUUGAAAAUCCAUGUCCUUGAUUGUUUGCACCUGUAUCUCAUCAAGUCCUCUGUGUAUCUCUUCUACUGUUCUCAUCCACGUGUUUCUCGCCAUGUUUUUCUGGCUUUUGUUAAGUUAAUGCUCUUGUUUGUUUUGAGACUUUUGUUUAAAUAAAUCAAAUUUUUUGUUAA